CCCCGUGCGGUCCUGGCGACCUGUCACCGUGGAGGACGUGACUCGGAGCUGCCUCCGCUUUCUCCAAGCCAUAUUCCUUUAAGAUGAUGUAAUAGUCAUUUCCCUGGAUGGUUUCUUGCCUGCACUGCUGAAACAACAGCAUCCGAACUGCACUGGGAACUGUGGAACCACCCAGCUCCGCCGCCAGUGAAGCCGGAGCCCCGAGCCCCAGGCCGGCAUCUCUGCGCUGCGGCGGCCGCCGGCUCCCACCGGCUCCCACCUGGCCGGGAACAUGGGGGCCCGUCUGCCCUUGCCGGCAGGUGGGGUGGCUACCUGGGACCCCAGCGGGGCACCUCUGUCUUUCUGCUUCUGGGCUUUCUGAAGAGCUUCUAAGUCCCACCGGGCACCUCUUGCAACUCUCUUCUGUUUUAAGGAUUCUUUCUAAAGGUUUGGUUAUUAUUAUUAUUAUUAUUUUUUUUCUGGAGAAGCUUUCGGUGAGCAUUUUUCUCAGCUCUGCUUCUUUCAAACCAACCACUUCUCAUCCCAGCUUAACUUUUUUGUCACUUGUUUUUAACUUGAGAUUGGAGUGAAUGUAUAAAUACACACAGACUGACAAAUAUACAUUUGUAUGAAUAUUUAAUAUAUAAAAAUCAUUAUCUUCAAAGAGCACAUCUCUCUGGCACUUUUCAUUGAUACCUCUGUCCUUUACCUCUUCGGGAUUUGACAAGCUCCAGACUCCGUGUGGCUGUGGAUUUUGACUGUUUUGCAAAUGGGUUAUUUCUUCACAAGAACUGGGUCUCCAGCACUUAUUAAGACAGACCUCUGAGUAACUGGAGACUUGGCCUGCCUUGUCUACUGAGCUGGAGGAAGAUUGGAUGGAGAUGAGUUGAUUACAUUCCAUGAAGUAAUAGCUCACCAUCAGCCAGGGUUUCAACUUCAUUUGCAGCAUCACUUCACCUGUGGACUCUCCUAAAUUUUGCUUUUUGGGGGGGAAAAACUGGGGAGAGGAGCUUGUUCUUAACAAGUUAGCAUCCUUCUUCCUCCAAGUUGAUGCAAAUGAUAAGGCUGUGACUCCACUGGAUUGCACCUUUAAAUCAAAAUAGGAGAAGAAGAAGAAAGGGACAAUGGCUCUGAGUGGAAAUUGUAGUCGUUAUUAUCCUCGAGAACAAGGGGCCGCCGUUCCCAACUCCUUCCCCGAGGUUGUGGAGCUGAAUGUCGGGGGUCAAGUUUAUUUCACUCGCCAUUCCACAUUAAUAAGCAUCCCUCAUUCCCUCCUGUGGAAAAUGUUCUCCCCAAAAAGAGACACUGCUAACGAUAUAGCCAAGGACUCCAAAGGAAGGUUUUUCAUUGACAGAGAUGGAUUCUUGUUCCGUUAUAUUCUGGACUACCUCAGGGACAGGCAGGUGGUCCUGCCUGAUCACUUUCCAGAAAGGGGAAGGCUGAAAAGGGAAGCUGAGUACUUCCAGCUCCCAGACUUGGUCAAACUCCUGACCCCCGAUGAAAUCAAACAAAGCCCAGAAGAAUUCUGCCACAGUGACUUUGAAGAUGCCUCCCAAGGAAGCGACACAAGAAUCUGCCCCCCUUCCUCACUGCUCCCUGCAGACCGCAAGUGGGGUUUCAUUACUGUUGGUUAUCGGGGGUCCUGCACCAUGGGCAGAGAAGGGCAGGCAGAUGCCAAAUUUCGGAGAGUUCCCCGGAUUUUGGUUUGUGGAAGGAUUUCCUUGGCAAAAGAAGUCUUUGGCGAUACUUUGAAUGAGAGUAGAGACCCUGAUCGAGCCCCUGAAAGAUACACCUCCCGAUUUUAUCUCAAAUUUAAGCAUCUGGAAAGGGCUUUUGAUAUGUUGUCAGAGUGUGGAUUCCACAUGGUGGCCUGUAACUCCUCAGUGACAGCAUCUUUCGUCAACCAAUAUACAGAUGACAAGAUCUGGUCAAGCUACACUGAAUAUGUCUUCUACCGCGAGCCUUCCCGGUGGUCCUCCUCGCACUGUGAUUGCUGCUGCAAGAACGGCAAGGGCGACAAAGAAGGGGAAAGCGGCACAUCUUGCAAUGACCUCUCCACCUCCAGCUGCGACAGCCAGUCUGAGGCCAGCUCUCCCCAGGAGACGGUCAUCUGUGGCCCCGUGACACGCCAGACCAAUAUCCAGACUCUGGACCGGCCUAUCAAGAAGGGCCCCGUCCAGCUGAUCCAGCAGUCAGAGAUGCGGCGGAAAAGUGAUCUGCUCCGGACUCUGACUUCAGGCUCCAGGGAGUCGAACAUGAGCAGCAAAAAAAAAGCUGUUAAGGAAAAGCUCUCAAUUGAGGAAGAGCUAGAGAAGUGCAUCCAGGAUUUCCUCAAAAUCAAAAUUCCAGAUCGGUUCCCUGAGAGAAAACAUCCAUGGCAAUCUGAACUUUUACGGAAGUAUCAUCUAUAGGGGAGGGCGGGGGGUGGGAGAAACAGCAAAUUAUUCGUGUCACCAUUUUGAAAUAAACCUUCUAAAAAAAUUCACAUUUGAAAAGAAAAAUACAGUCCACAUUUGUUAAAACAUGAUAGCCCAUUGUUACACUACUGCCUAUUUACCUGGUUCACCUUAAAAUGUAAACCCACAGGGUAGAUUUCUUUCCAGAUGUGGAAGUAUGAAAAUCUUUCAUUGUUGUUAUCUGUUUGUUUGUUAACUUUGUCCCAUGUGCUGAAUAUCUUACUGUAUAAUGAGAGCCAGCUACAUAAGCAUAGCUGAGUGUCCUUGGGAGUCAUUUGUCCCAAAGUGUUUUUUUUUUUUUUUCCUCAUUUUCUACCUCCCUUCUUUGAAUAGAAUAUGGAAAAAAGAGAUCUGGCCCAAUGGCAUGUUUGAAUUUUUUAAUUUUUCUUUUCCCUUUGUUUAUAGUAUAAGGGGGAAAUGGCAGAUUUAUAUGACUUUUCACUCAAACCUAUAAUGUGCCAGUUUAUAUCGACUCCGUAUGCAUGAGUAUUUGUGCAACACAAGUGCAAUGGAGUUUGUAUAUACACACAAUGCACAUGACCCCAGGGUCUGCACCUCCAAAGGCUAGUGCCCCUGCUCCAGCAGCGCCUUCUUAGAGCACUUCAGACAGAUGAGUCUCUCUGCUCCUUUCUUAAAACCCUGGGAAUAUUUCCCAGCCUCAAUUGGCAACACUUUCUAACAUCAAAUAACACUCAUCAUCAAGAAAUUGUCUUUCUUAAUUUAAAAUGAACACUGUCUGGCUCCAUUUGAUUGUAUUGCUCUUUCUCUGCACUAAAAGGUGAGAAGAGUAAGCCACUGUAUCAAAAAAAAACAAACAUUAAUAGCAACAAAAAUGACUACUAAUUGACCCCACAUCAGACUUCUCUACCCUUCUCUACCUUUUCUCAAUGUUUUCAGAGUUCUUACUGCCCUUAAUGCUGUGGCCUUCCUACAUAACCCAGACGAAGUUCUUUGCAUCCCUGUGUAGUUGUGGAACUAAGCCCACACACAGACUUGAAUAAGGGUUUGGACUUUUGUUUAAGAGAGAAUUUUCUUCCACACACGUCCUAAUAAUUUCUUGUGACAAGUUUUGUUUGCCUUUGGGAUUCUGGGAUUUGGCUGUGCCCAUACUAGGAUUGGACUGUCAUAUUACAACGUCACAUUACAAUGUCUAUGAACAACCCAACUGGAGAACUGGAGCUCCACAGUUAAGGUUUUGACUUUCUCAACUAUCUUUCUUGAGUAUAUCUUUGACCUGUAUAGACACAGCCAAAAAAAACUGUUAAUAGCCAUCAUUCAUGUGACUGUGUAUUCUAUUAGUGUAACAAUAGCUCUUUCGUAGACUUGUGGUAAAUGAAGAUUAAAACACCAGUUUUUACUUUCAGCAUUCUUCAUGCAUUUCAGUGGGGACUGAAAAAAUUUGUCAAUUAUUAAUUGGUGCCAAGCACACCUAAUUUUUUUAUUGUGUGUGUAUGUGUAUAUGUAUCACAGGUAAUAAAAGCAAUGUGUGAUAUCUGUAGGAGGGAAAUACAUUGACCAAUUGCUUCUUUUUGAAAUCUCUCUUUGAUCACACUUAUUAUAUAAGGGAUUCAGUCUUGGUUCAUGUUAUUAGUACCCCUUAGUAUAUGGUAUCUUUUUCAAUUUUUGUAAUGUUGCCUUCACAUCUGGUGAUUCAACCAAUGUUUUCUUGUCCUAACAUUGCUAAUGCAGUGUAAAAGUUUUACUUAAGUGAACGAAAAAAGUUAUUUGAGGAGUUAUCAAAAGAAUUAUAAUUUUAUGAAUUUAAGUAAUAUUGUUCUAUGUAUUAAUAUUUUAACGGAUCUUAAACAUGGCAUAGAAUUAUAAGGCCUACCAGUAUGUCUUCAUUCUUUUCAAUGUUUCUUACUACCACACCAAAAUACCAUCUUAGUAAUAGUAGGUGAACCUAUAGAAAAUUAUAAAAGUUAAAGGCUCAAGAAAUUGAAUUGGUGAAAAUAUUCCCAAACUCACUGUGUUCAAAUGAUUUCUGUGGUUCUGAUGGAAGUACUGUUGAGUAGUUGGGGUCUAAAUAAAAUGACCUAAGCCCCAACUUCCUUACAUUUCAGAUUUCACUAUAAUGGCAUCAUGAUAGAUACACACUUACAAGAUCUGGAGGACUAUGAGGGUAGCAAUUAAUCCACUACAUGCCUUAAAUAGGAAAUUAAGCAAAGAAAACAUUCAAGGCAUAUUUCUCUGUCUCAUGACCUGACAUGAAUGACUUUCUGCUUGGGCACUCUUUUAUAACUUUCAGGGACAAAACUGUAGGAAAUUUGUUUAAAAACAAUAUUUUUAAUCUUGGCUAAUUUUAAACUGAUACCCACCACAAAUAGUCCAAUCAGCUAAGCCAACAACGCAGUAUUCAUUUUUGUGGGUAUUGGUAUGGAGAUGAACAUAGACCAUGUGCAGUAAAAGACUCUGAGGAGGCAUUGGCUAAAUGGAAAUCUUCAGUUCAAGUGUAAAUGGAGUUAGUAUGUGAGGUCCGUGUUCCCUUCAAUGUUAGAAAUGAGUUCUGGAGAAGUGAGUUGUAAGAUUAAAUGCUUUAGCGGCCCUGGUAGUCACUGUGAAUCAGGACUGUUUCCCUGAACUUAAAUAGUUUUUAGAACUUUUAGUUCAAUUCUGGACAGAACAAUAUAUGUGGUUCACUUCUUGAAUAUUGGUUAUGACAAGGGCCAUAAAUUGCUGAUCUGAAGAAGCUAGUAGCAUCAGAUAGACCAAAUGAAUGAGGAAUCACACAUGGAGUGCCCCAAACUUUGGUUGCCUCUGGGAAAUCUUGCAAUACAAAAAUCCAAUGAGUUGGAGGUUGGAGGGGGUCAUUCCCUAUAGUUUUGUGGGUCUCCUAAAGUUAGAAACUUAAAAAUUUCUCCUACCCACUGUCGAAGAGGGAGUGAUCUGCACUCAGCAAGAAAAGGGGAAAAGAAGAAAAUAAAACUAAUAGGUUAUUGUGAUAGUAUGCUCUCCCUCCCCCUGCUAAGAAAACUUGCACUAGAUGUGACCAUGAAACAAAGUAAAGUGGCUUCCAUUAUACACAGCAAUGUUAUCCUUUGUAAUUGUAGCCACAGUUAUCUUAGUGGAAAUGCAUGCACGGUGAAUUAAAAUAAAAGGGGAACAAUGCACAAAUCUUAAGUGUUCCCUUUGCUCUUUCUUCCUCUUUAGUAAUGUCUACCCUUAUGUGAUUCAUGGGGGGUGGGGAGCACAUUUAUUAAAAAGGGCCUGACAUGGAAUUUUUCACAUUUUGAUUGGCCUUAUUUGAUUGAGAUGCUACUUUUUCCAAAGGCACAGAUGUGUGUUGUUCAUCCUGGAUCUUUUCAGUUGCUCUUGCUUCUGCUUCUGCAAUACUUUUGCUUCUCUCGGGUUUAGAUUCUUUUCUGAUUAUCCUUUGCCUGUGCCAAGAAAAAGAUGCUCUAGUGAGAAAUAAAAGGCAUAUCUGGUGUUUUGCAAAAUUACUUGACACCAGCUCCCAAAAUGGGAGUCAGACUUUGAUUCUCCUACAUUUUCCUUCGUGGCAAUUUUAACCUUCCAACUUUGUUACCACUGUAGAUUAAUUCGCUACAGUUGAGUGAGUGCUAGUAUUUUCUGUCAUUAGAUAUCAGGCCAUGAAUUUGACUAGCUUUGGUCUUCCAGGUGUUCUUUACUAGAAUUAAUAAUAUUCUGAACUUUUAGGACAAAUUCUUUGUCACCUCCAUUUGACAUAGAAAUGUUCAAUGGAAAAAUGAAGAGAGUUAUUUUCUUAUCCCUGGUGACUCUGUGGCAGAUAAAUGUUUUUGCCAAUUUGCAUGCUGGGUUAUAGGUUUAACAUGGACCAUUUCUCUCUUUAAUGUCUUGGUAUUGUUGGCAUCUUGCAAUCUUGAUUGCCCACUGUUCCGAUUUAUUUAUUUUCCUUUAUAGUAUCAAAAUAACACACCAGAGAAGGAAUCAGGGCAAGCAUUCUGUAUUCUGAGUUAAAAUGGAGUUAGAUGUCAUUUGUACAGGACUGUACAAUGAUUAAUAUCUGCUGAGAAAUUAGACCAAAUGAAACCUGCUGGAAUGGGGUUGAUUUAUAUUGCCUUCAUCAUUUUGGUUUUAGAUGAAAUGGUUAUUGUUCUCCACCCCUGCUGAAAGAAAAGAGUCUUAAACUUUAAUAAUCACAGGGUUUGGAUACAACCACGGAGCUCAUUUGUUUGAAAUACCUUCUUUUUGUCAUUUUGCCAUAUAUAUUGGCACAGAGAUUCUUUUUCAGUGACCUCCAUUGCAAAUGUUUUAGCCAAGUCCAAAUGCUUAGCAUUCACAAGUCAUUUGUAGACCUUGUAGAUGCAGAACCCUUUAUCCUAACCGCAAAGAUACUGAUUCAGAAAUUAAUUUAGGGUCAAGGAAUCUGUAUUUGGGACUAGUAUCAUUAAUAAUUUUGAUGGGCAAGCCUGUAGACCUUACAUUGAGAAACAGCUCUUUAAGAAUAAUGCAGAUGUCAACAUUUCUUCACUUCCUUGUGGUACUUCUUCACUUCCUCUUACUUUCACUCUACUACAAAUAAGUUAAAGUAUACAGUAUUCAUUAUCUUAAGAGGAAAUCCCAAAAGAACAGCAUCCCAGGACUAGGGCACAGAACUCCAUGAUUCUUUUGCCCGUUUAUCUGCCUAUGAGCCAUAACUUCCUCUCAACUUUGUGUGUGUUGGUGCUUUUUUUGUUUUGUUUUGGCCAAAAAAAGUCUGCAUCCAUAUAGUUACAUUCUUGGGUUGAUGGGAGCACAUUUCUGAGUGAGCUGUAUCCUAAUGAUACCCAACAGAGGGUAAAAAUAACCUUUCCAAGGUCAUUUUCCGACCCCUUUGCAGUUGUAGUCUGAGAAACUUGAAAGUGACCCGUAACUCAGUGUUGUGAUUGAUCCCAAAGGUGGUUCCAUUAACAGCACUUACAAAUACCACUAAAAUGGAUGUGGGAUCAUUAGUAAAUUUAGUUGUAUUUCAUCAACAAAAUCCUGAGUUAUUAAACUACUAAUUUUGUCCAAUUUGACUCAAACAGGAUUAAAGCUCUCAGUAGCUAAAGAUUCUGAAUCCUAACAUUAAGUAAAAACUUCAAGCAAAAUCCAUGAGGAGAAAACACAAAAGAAAGUGAAUUCAAAAUAAUGGUUAUAUUUCAUAUGCAAGUACAUAAAGUUAUGUAAAUUUCUGCUCACUCUGGCCAGGGGAGGUAGCCAUUUUGUGAUUUUUUAGAUAAAUAAAAUUUGGGAGGCUUUCAGUGAUUCAGUUAGUACUAUGCUAUAGCAGAAUACCUGGAAAAACAUAAAAUUCUCACAUGUCCCCCUAAAUAGAGAAUGAGUGGCAUAAAUUCAUGCUUCUCAAGCUCGUUGGUGAAUAUUUAAGACUACUGCUAAAUGUAAGUGAAGAAUGAUUGAUGAAACUAAUGAACUGGUAAUUAUUUGAUCAAGAUUUUAUUUGGAGUUAAGGUUGACUCUGUUUUCCUCUUUUACUUCCCAAAUGGGAUUCUUUUACUGUCCCAGCUUCCUAACCUUUAAAAAUUGUUCCUCUUCUUUAUGAAAAAAUGUUGUUGCUCAUUGGAUAGAAAAUCGUUAGUUUCUAGACUGUCAUCUCUGCUUUAUUUAGGGAAUUUGAUUUGAAAAGUCUAAAAAAAUCUGUCUUGGCCCAGCAACUACCAAGGGGCUUGUGUCAGGGAUGGGGAGGGAGGUGAUUUUUCUGUUAACCAGACUCCUAAAAGCACUUUUAUGACACAUGGGGAUUUAUUAAGUCUCCUCUUUCCAGUGAGCUCUUUUAGCUUGUGAGUUUAUUCUUAGAAUUGACCCUUCGCUUAUUUACCUGAAUUUGCACAAUAAAAAUUCAACAAACUUCCAACUCUUUCCCUGCUGAUGUUGGCUCCAUCCAUCACAAAUGAAGCAGGGUUGAUGUACAACAAAGUAGUAAGGAAGCGUGGUUUUAUAAUUGCAUCUCUCUCUCUGUCUCUCUCUCUCUGUGUGUGUGUACAUGCGCAGUUUUUAGGGUGGUGUUGAGUUAGUGGCUAAUGUUCCAUAGUAAUGCUAUUUGAGUGUACAGAAAAAGACUUUGCUCACACAGUUUAGCAACUUUUAGUUCAGUACAAUAGUUUGUGUUUUACAAGACAAACUUGUAAAGUUUGUGUCAGUUUUUGAGAGUGUUGAAUAAUAAUAAGAUGUUCCAUAAAAAAUGUCCUGAUAUGAAAUUCAAGCAUUACAAUUUCUGUGUAAAAAUCAAACUCAUUUUCAGUUAAUAGUGGCAAUCUACUCAAAAAAAGCGGGAGAGGGGAGAAGAAAGGAGGGAAAAGAGAGAGAAUGCCUUGAAAGAUAGAAUAUACAAAGUUUACACUGAUUUAAGUUAGUAGUUACUCUGAAUUGCAGCCAGUGGUCAGUGGUUUUGUCCUUGAAUGUGAGAGACCAAAACAAUUUCAGGAAAGACUAUUGUCUGACCCGUGUGGAUUAUGUACAUUUUAGAUAGUGACUGAUUCAAGAAGGGUUUUGCCUCGUAGGGGACUUUGGGUGAUGCCUGUUGAUAUUUUUGAUUGUCAUGACUUGAGAGGUGCUACUGGCAUCUAUGGCUGUAUCAUUCCACAAGGCACAGGAUGGCCCCCCACAAAAAAAGAAUUACCCAGCCCAUAAUGUCAGUAGCACUGAGACUGAGAAACCCUUAGUUAAUAGUGGCUCAAUUUUUCCAAGGCAUUCUUACCAUUAGAAAGACUUCUAGAGCAAGAGAUAGGCUAAAAUAAUAGUAUUACUACCUUACAUCUGCAUAGGGUUUAUUUGGAAUUAUAUCUUUGAAUAGUCAUAAACAGUGAGAUUUAGAGAGAGAAAAACAUCGUUUUUCCUGAUUUGUAAUGGUAGUGGAUAGACCUGUGGUCUGGUCCCUGCCUUCUAUUUCAGUCUCUUUCUGCCUCAGAAAAAUACUUCAGUAAAUUCAUCAAGCUUCUAACAGCUAGAUGUGUUUGCUGCAAAGUACUCGGGGAACAUUUUAAGUUCAUAUGACCCUAUUAGGAUGUUUUUCAAGGUGAUCAAUAAUAGACCAGGUGCUUUCAGAAAUAAGACAAACUUACAAGCCAGUGAUUUAAUCACAUUUAACUGCUCAUUGUGCACUUUGUUUCUUUGGGUUAAAUAUCCCCUUGGUAAAAAUGAUACUUAGAUCUUGGAAAAUAGGAUUUUCAGACACACUGGUGAACCCCCAUGCCUUAUUUCAAAGAUUUGACAUGUCUAAGCAUGGUCUCUGAUUAUUGAGCCUUAUUGUCGAAUGUGCAUAUACUGACUUUGUAAGGACAUAGAAUAUAUUUGUAUCUAAAUAAUUUGACAUUUUUCUUUAUCAUCCCAAUAGCCCAUUGAUGGAAUAAAGGUCCUAUCAUUCUAUCCCCAUUUUAUACAAGGGAAACUGAGGGCCACUCAUUUUAAGUAAUUCAUUUAGUCACUUUUUUCAUGCACUUAUUAAACAGGUAUUUGUGGAGUAUAUAACAUGUACUCAAGACUCACUGUGAUGAGUCUUAUAAUCUACAAGGGAAAGAAACUUGGAAUGUAGUACUUGAUUUCAGAUCACCCAAACUCUACAGUAAUGUUAUUUCCAU